AUGGAUCUGCUGAAAGGGUAUGUGCAAGUGAUGAAGAAUUGUCGGAUGAUGACCCAGCGCAGCAAUCUCGCUGAAGAAUUGUUCGUAGAGGCGGCUCAUAUCAACGACUUUCACUUCACUCGCGAGCUCGCAGUUUUGAAUCGGUUCGCCCGAAAUCCCACUGCUGAUAAAAGUCAUGAAUAUAUUGGCAACAAGGAGGCUGCUAUCGAAAAUCAAGGCGAAUCUUUGUUCGAAUCAAAGAAAACUGGCGGAGAAAAGCGGAAGCGACAAGCCAACUUUGAUCCAUCAGACAUUGAAGGAUACACAGGACCUUGGGCUAAGUACUGCGAUGAGAAGACGAUAGCUAAGCCAGAUCCCGAACUGCAGAAGGAAAUGGAUGAAAUCACUAGAAAGCCGGCGUGUUGUCAAACGAAAGCAACAGCACCACGGGUGAUAACGCGUGAGGAGUUUUGUAUUGGCUUGCUACGUUAUUCGUUGGGAUUUUUAUGCGUUUGGAGCCAAAGUGAAGGGGAUUAUCAAGGGCGCUCAUUCCUUGUGCCACCUGCGUUCACUGGUGUCAACUUGCGGGCAGAUGCGGCUCCAGAAAAGUGUUUCAUUCCCAAGAAACAAAUCCAUGUCUACAAAGGGCAUACUAAAGGCGUUAACUGCCUUCAAUGGUUCCCAAAAAGUGCACAUCUCUUUCUGUCAUGCUCUAUGGAUACUAAGAUCAAGCUUUGGGAAGUCUAUGGGAAGCACCAGGUUGUUCGGACAUAUUCUGGCCACAAACUUCCUGUGCGAGAGGUCGCUUUCAAUAAUGAAGGGACGGAAUUCUUGUCUGCGAGUUUCGAUAGAUACAUUAAGUUGUGGGACACGGAAACAGGCCAGGUUAAGCAACGCUUCCACACUGGUCAUAUUCCAUUCUGUGUUAAAUUCCAUCCAGACGAUGAUAAAAAUCAUAUGUUCCUCUCAGGGAUGCAGAAUAAGAAAAUUGUUCAGUGGGAUACACGUACGGGUGAGAUUGUACAGGAGUAUGAUCGUCACUUGGGUGCAGUGAAUUCCAUUACUUUCUUCGACAAGAAUCGGCGAUUUGCAUCGACUUCGGAUGAUAAAUCAAUAAGGAUAUGGGAAUGGGAAAUUCCUGUUGAUACUAAGCUUAUACAGAAUAAAAAUGGGUGGUCGGUCAAUCAAUGGAUAACCGAAUUGUUGUUCCAAUUAAUUGACGACAAGUUACGAUUUGCAAAGAAAAAAGCGUUCAGAGGACACAAUUCCGCAGGUUAUGCUUGUGUAACUGAUUUCAGUCCUGAUAUGAGCUUUUCAUCUGGGACUGGAGGACACAUAAAGAUUGUGGCCAGAUGGAAAGCUCACGAUAACACUUGCAUUUCGGCGCGAUGGCAUCCGAAGGAGAAGAGUAAAAUUUUAACGGCGGGAUGGGACAGUGUGAUAAAAAUGCAAUGUCGUCGAGUAGGACCAUUCUUCACAUGCGGCAGCUUAGUUCAGCGAGUGGGAGCGUGGCGCGAUUUAGAGGUCGAUUCCAAAACUGGAAAACGCCGGUAUACACUGCACCACAUAUUCAUCCACUUGAAAUGGGACCUGAUUUUUCUCAUGCUGAUGGGCGACCCAUUCAUGGUGACCUCGAGGAAUAUACAGUUGAUUACAAGCAAGCCGCAGCUGCGAUUAGCGAAGAAAAUUGUCGCGCUACUAAGUGAAGUGAAUGAAAUGGAGGCGGCUCACAAGCAAGCAGAAAGUCGGAGGAUCCAGGAGGCCCAGGAAAUCGAUGCCCAUCGACCGAAGUCUAAGGGCACAAGAAGUAUAGCUUAG